GCGGAAGUAGACUACGUCAUCAAAGUUGGCAUGCCGUCGUACGCGCGUGGCGAAAAUGGUGUCUGGUGCUGAACAACAACAGGGCCACAGAGCAGGGGUUUAUAAACAGAAAAAUAAAGGACAUAAACAUGGCAAACAUCGGACGAAAGGAGAAAUCGAACGGGAGAACAAGGGUAGAGUGUCGGUGACUGCUCUUACCAAGAAACAGAGGAAAGAGGCGAGAAAGAUGGACAAAAGACACAAAGCCAACCAGCUGCGGCAAAAUAAGAAGGACCUGGUCCUGGCAGAGAAACGUCGUCUGGGCAGCAGGGAUGGCCCACCCCACCUGGUGGCUGUGGUUGCCCUCCAUGCAGGUGUGGAUGCUGAGGCUGUGACCAGGCUGCUGCGGUGUGAGGAGGCUGGCGGGCUGGUGCGUGAGGAGAACAGUGUGUGCGGGGUCAGUGACAGCUUUGGCCUGGUCAUGCCCCGCUUCAAACAGAGGUUCACCUUCCUCCGCCCAGACACAGCUGACAUGCACUCUCUACUGGACGUGGUGAAGGUAGCAGACAGUCUGGUGUUUGUGCUGGACUCUACAGAAGGCUGGGACAGCUAUGGAGACCACUGCCUCUCCUGUCUCUUUUCACAGGGGCUGCCCGCCCAUGCUCUGGUGUGUCAGGGUGUUUCAGACCUGGCAGUGAAGAAGCGUGUGGACUCACGGCGGGCGCUGGCCAAGAUAUCCGAAAUCCGCUUCCCUGGGGCGCGCCUCUUCCCCCUGGACUCAGACCAGGACGCCAUACUGAUGCUCAGACACCUGGGAGCACAGAGGCAGAGGAGGCUGGGCUUCCGCUCCCGUCGACCUCACCUCCUGGCCCAGCAGGUCUCCUACACCCCCAACAGCUCUGAGGAGGGGAGCGGGGGAGCCCCCACGGGCCUGGGGACCCUGCGUGUGUCUGGGUAUGUCCGAGGCUGCCCUCUGCAGGUGGACAGGCUGGUGCACAUCUCUGGAUUUGGAGACUUCCAGCUCAGUCAGAUCGAUGCGCCCAUAGACCCUCUUCCCCUCAACUCUAUGACCCCUCGCCCUGCCAAGCCAGGGAAGGAAGGAGACGUAGACAUGCAGGAUGGUGGUGUUGAUGAGGUGGCAUCAGUGCGGGUGCUGAUGAAGGCAGACCCAGCUCGCAGGGAGAGUCUGCAGGCCGAGGCAGAGGUAGACCCCAUGGAUGGAGAGCAGACCUGGCCCACUGAUACUGAACUGCUGGAGGCUGAAGAGGCCAGAAAGAGCAAGCGUGUUAUGAAGGUGCCUAAGGGGACAUCAGACUACCAGGCCACGUGGAUUGUGGAUGAGGAGGAUGAGAAUUGCGAGGAGGAUGAAGAGAGCACUGACGAUGAGGAUGAUGAGGAUUUGAUGAUGGACGAGUCCAUAGAUGGAGAGGACCUUGACUCUCAGGUGGAUGCUGCUUCAGGUGGUGGCUCUGAUGAGGAGGAUGAGGAGGAAGAGCUGAAUUCCACAUCAGACAAGGGUGGAGCAGACCAGCGUUAUGAUGAGCACAUGGAUGAGGCGGAGGAAGGGGAGGGCUUAAAACGCUACAGGGAGGCUCGGGCCAAUGAGAUGUUCCCAGAUGAAGUGGACACACCUCUAGACCAAUCGGCUAAGAACAGGUUCCAGCGUUAUAGGGGCCUGAAGAGUUUCCGCUCCUCCCCCUGGGACCCCAUGGAGAACCUGCCUGCAGACUACUCCCGCAUCUUCCAGUUCCAGAGCUUUGAGCGCACACGCCGCCGCGUACUAGCGGAGGCUGCGCAGGAGGAAGAGGGGGCCAUGGUGGGCUGGUAUGUGACCCUCCAUGUAGUGGAUGUACCCCCCACGGUGAUGGAGAGUGUCCAGGCAGGCAGGCCUCUGGUGCUGAUCUCCUUACUGCCACAUGAACAGAAGAUGUCAGUGAUGCACAUGCUGGUGAGGAGACACCCCAGCAACACAGACCCUAUCAAAUCUAAAGAGGAGCUGGUGUUCCACUGUGGAUUCAGGAGGUUCAGGGCCUGCCCCAUCUUCUCCCAGCACACAUCAGCCGACAAGCACAAGCUGGAGCGUUUCCUUCGUGCCGAUGCUCCAACGGUGGUUUCUGUGUAUGCCCCCAUCACAUUCCCCACCGCUGGGGUACUGCUCUUCAAACAGAGGGAGGAUGGCAUACAGGACCUGGUGGGAACAGGCAGUCUGCUGAGCUGUGACCCCCAGCGUGUGGUGCUGAAGAGGAUUGUGUUGAGUGGACACCCCUUCAAGAUCAACCGCCGGUCCGCUGUCUGCAGAUACAUGUUCUUCAACAGGGACGACAUCCUGUGGUUUAAGCCUGUUGAGCUGAGAACCAAGUGGGGCCGGAGAGGACACAUCAAGGAGGCCCUAGGUACUCAUGGACACAUGAAGUGUGUAUUUGACAGCCAGAUGCGGUCUCAGGAUACUGUCAUGAUGAACCUGUAUAAGAGGGUCUACCCUCGCUGGACGUAUGACCCCUAUGUGCCUCUGCCCCUGCCCUGGGUCAAGGGAGAAGGGACUCAGGUGCCGGAUGAUUUUGACAUGGAGUAGGUGGAGGUCUGUUGCAAGAGGUGUGUUAUGAGUGUUGGAGACUGACUUGCAUGGACUGUGGCGAUUACAUUUUCACUCCAAGCGAUGGAUUGUAAUUUGUAUUAAAUAAAACCAAUUAGACCAAA